UGUCUGUAUAUGUAUAUAUAUAUGUGUAUGUGUGCGUGUGUGUGUUGGUGUGUGUGCUGUGCUGGUAAGCAGAAGAGAAAAAAAAAAAACGGGAUCAAAUUCCUGUACUUUGGCGUCACAUGCUCUCGGCCAAUCAGAUCCGGGCUUUCCUGUGCGGCAUGGUAACGCUCUUAUAAAGCCAGCAUGCAAAACGUUUGCAGUUCAAAGCACUCACGCGUUCUGGGGAUUGUACUUGGAGACUAGAAAGGAGCACUUUACCGUUUUCAUCCCACAGAGUUGAAAGCAAAUUCUGACCAGCUGGUGUGUGUGUGUGUGUUGUUUUUUUUUUUUUGCUCUUUCAAGUACGGACCCGUUUGCAGAUUACUCAUUCUCCUAUAUGUGCCCAUGCUGCAGAGACACUCUCCAAACUCAAGUUUUACGCACGGCGCCGGAGCAAAAGAGGAUCAGCUGCGGUUUUUUCUGCGCACUUCUCUAAGUUGAAAGACUUUGAUCAAACUCAUUCUGGCAAGGUAAAGUCGCUUUUAGAGGCAUUUUCCUCUCGCGAGAAAGCAGAGAUAACUCCACCGUUUCACGCGUAAUUUGGUACCAAACAGUUUUUCGUAUGAAUCUCCUCGACCCUUACCUGAAGAUGUCGGAGGAACAAGACAAGUGUCUCUCUGAUGCCCCGAGCCCGAGCAUGUCCGAGGACUCCGCGGGCUCUCCGUGCCCGUCCGGUUCGGGUUCCGACACCGAGAACACCCGGCCGUCUGAGAACGGGCUGCUCAGAGCGGACGGAACCCUGGGCGACUUCAAGAAGGACGAGGAGGAUAAGUUUCCCGCUUGCAUCCGCGACGCUGUGUCCCAGGUGCUUAAGGGCUACGACUGGACCCUCGUGCCUAUGCCGGUGCGCGUUAACGGAUCUACCAAGAACAAGCCUCACGUAAAGAGACCGAUGAAUGCCUUUAUGGUGUGGGCUCAGGCUGCGCGGAGGAAGCUGGCGGAUCAGUACCCGCACCUGCAUAACGCGGAGCUCAGCAAAACUCUGGGGAAACUCUGGAGACUUCUCAAUGAAGGCGAGAAGCGGCCGUUUGUGGAGGAGGCUGAGCGGCUCCGGGUGCAGCACAAGAAGGAUCACCCGGACUACAAAUACCAGCCCCGGCGGAGAAAGUCAGUGAAGAACGGACAGAGCGAGGUGGAGGACGGCAGCGAGCAGACGCACAUAUCCCCUAAUGCCAUCUUCAAAGCUCUCCAGCAGGCGGACUCUCCUGCCUCCAGCAUGGGAGAGGUGCACUCUCCGGGUGAGCACUCAGGCUCCCAAGGGCCCCCCACCCCUCCCACCACCCCAAAGACUGAUGUCAGCUCAGGCAAGAUGGACCUUAAGCGUGAAGGAGGUCUCCGCUCUCUCGCCGACGGCCCCGGCGGGCGCCAGCUCAACAUCGACUUCCGCGAUGUGGACAUCGGCGAGCUGAGCAGCGAUGUCAUCUCCCACAUCGAGACCUUCGAUGUCAAUGAGUUCGACCAGUACCUCCCGCCUAACGGUCACCCGGGUUCUGCAGGCGGCCCUGGCAACACCACAGCUGUCACCUACACCGGCAGCUACAGCAUCAGCAGCGGUGCACCGGUCAGCCCGCAGGCAGGAGGCGCUGCAGCCUGGAUGGCUAAAAGCCAGAGCCAGCAGGGACAACAGCAGCAGCAGCAGCAGCAACAGCAGCAGCAGCACACUCUGACCACCCUGGGGAGCAGCAGCAGCUCAGAGGCGGGUCAGGCCCAGCACAGGACCCAGAUCAAGACGGAGCAGCUGAGCCCGAGCCACUUCAGCGAGCAGCAGGGCUCCCCUCAGCACGUCACCUACAGCCCGUUCAACCUGCAGCACUACAGCCCCUCCUCCUACCCAGCCAUCUCCAGAGCGCAGCAGUACGAAUACUCCGACCACCAGGGGGGCACAGCAGCCGCCUCCUACUACAGCCACGCGGGGGCGGGGCAGGGCUCAGGGCUGUACUCGACUUUCAGCUACAUGAGCAGCCCCAGCCAGAGGCCCAUGUACACGCCCAUCGCCGACAACACAGGGGUGCCCUCCAUCCCCCAGAGCAGCCCACAGCACUGGGAGCAGGCGCCAGUUUACACCCAGCUCACCAGACCCUGAGCCGCCCCCCCCACCCCACCCCACCCCUCUCCCCCCCGCAGACU